GUCCAUAUGGAGCCCGUCUGAAGUCUGAACCUGUUGAUGGCGAAGCAUGGCGCAGCACUUCUUCAUUGCCGUCUUUGCUCCGGAGGGCUGGCCUUCCUCGGUGGCGCCGGAGUACGGUCGAUACCAGCUCUGGGACACUAUCCAGCAGGUGACCUUCUUCGUGAAUACCGUCAUUAGCAAGCAGGCAGUGAUGAAAUUCCAUGGAGUUGGCGAUCCCAACAAGACUCCAGCAGAGGCAACGGCAUUGGAGAUGGGACGAGGACUCUUGGCCACGAUCGUGUGCAUGGUCGUCGCCACGCCACACUUCACCGAUCUCUACCGUGCGUUGCCGAGAAUCUUCCGCAUGUCCUCGGAAGUGAUCAAUGCAGUGGGGCAUUUCAUUGAGAUCCUGGCCGCGAUCUUCACGCAAGUGGUCUCUUUCCUCUACCUGGGACCUGCCUUGUGCCUCAUCGCUGGCACCAUGUCUGGAGCUGUGCGCUCUGUGAUCUUGCAACACUUUGCCAAAGGAGGUACUCUACCACCAGGCAAGGAUCCAGACUUCGGCGAUAUCUCCUUGAAGGAGAGUAACCAGGACAGAUCUCGUAAGCAAUAAAGAAAUGUAACGAACACAAGAGGUACUAGGGUGGAGGCCAUUUCUACUAGUAGCAAGAAGCUACCAGGUGGAGGCCAUCGCUGCUAGGUUGGAGGCCAUUACUACUAUUAUAUACUAUUAUAGUAUAGUAGCAAGAAGCUACUAGCAGCUACAAGCUACUAGGUGGAGGCCAUCGCUACUAGGGUGGAGGCCAUCGCUUUGCUUCUUGUGUUGCACGGAAGCCUAAGCUCGAUGAAACGCCACGCCUUUUUUGCAGCAUGUUUUGGAGGUCUUGAAGCUCACCAGCCUAGUGAAGUUAUUACCUGUGAUUAGCUUCAAGAAAUGCACUAGCGUAGACCCCAAACAGAAUGGUGCAGCCCACAGUGCUGCUGGUGAGACUAUUUGGACUUGCUCACCAAAAUUGAAGAACUCGGCGUUCCAGACACAUGUUAGAGACUUGCUCCAAGCUUGGAAACAAAGGUAACUCAGCAAAGGCGACCCAAAGAGCAAAGGACGCCUAGAGGCCAAUGUAAAAUUGGUGCAGUUCCAGGGGACAUUAAGCUGGCGCAGGAUGUGGACACCACGACAGCCAUUCAAUCACCGGACACCUUUUGUCAGAAUUAAGCUCAACGUAGUUUAAGUGCAACAAAACACACUCCGAACUGGUUCGUAGUUUAAGCGCCAAGCGAACGCCAAGAAACUGGUUGAACCAAUUGCACCAUCCGUGGUAGGAGAGGAGGAGAGGAGUGGCUCACCCAGACUUCCCUCCGCUCUCUGACCCAAUCCGGACCCCUUCCCGCUCCCAGGUCGUCGUGCCGAGUCGGCGUAUCUUGCGAACCGAAGGCCAAACGCCGCCGAAAGCGCAACACCGGUCGUGCGAAACCGUGCAAAUAUGCCACGAGCAAGGACAAGGCUGGCAAGAUUGUGGGUCUCUGUGUGGGGGUAGCUUUGCUGUUGGGCUUCAUCGGGAUCGGCUCUGGUGUCAAGGCUCUGUGAUUUCGCAUUUUCAACAGCUCUUGACGAACAUUUUUUCGAGAAGAGCGUCGCUAUUAGGUUGGAGGCCGCUACUAGGGUGGAGGCCAUCGCUAUUCGUUUCCUUGAGAAGACACCACAUGCAUUGACAUGCAGGCUGAGGCGACAUCUUUGGAGAGGAGCUUGGAGUGGUUUCUGGUGCUCACCAUCGUGCAUCUGCCCCUUGCAGUAUCAAGCUUGUGACCUUUGCAAGAUGCUUUAUCCCUGGAUUCUGAAGGAUCAUGAAAGGAAGCACAUUCUGUGGGAGAUGUUCCUUCCUAAAGGCUAUCCUCACACUGUGGUUGAUUCCUACACGAGUUUCCGGGCUUGGUCGCUGCUCAAUGUGAUCAUCGGCUAUCCAAAGCAGAUAGUACCUACUCGAUGGUGGUUUGGUAUGCUUUUGUGUAAUAGUGUUUAUGCUGUUUAUGCUUUAACUUAUGUUGUUUAGUUGUGUUUCAAGAG